GCUCUCACUGCGACGUAUUAAUAUCAUCCAUAUUGAUAUCAUUCUAAACCGAAAGUAACUUUAGGCGGCCUGAAUCUGAGGAACUCGCUUACCUCAAAAUCUAGUUUGACCCGCAGAAGAAACGCUGACUUCAGAAAUAUGCCUCAACGAACUCCAGCUAAGAAGAUGAAGAUGAAGAGCAUGACGGACUUCUUUCCUAAAAAGGAGACUGAAAGCGACCCUAAAUCCAGAAAAGUGUUAAACGACUUGAGCAAUGCUCAGAACACAGAGGGGAAAAGCCACAAAUUCCAGUUCCGUUACAAAAAAACCACUCACGCGGUGGCCGGUGAUCCAUCAAAGACUGUGCUUGAUGCUCUCGAAACAAACAAGACGUUCAGGAAGAUUGAAAAAGAGAACGCACAGAAAGAAAUCGUCCUCCAAAGAUCCCGAGGAGACGUCCCACAAGCCGCCGUGAAGACAGACUUCCCCUUCUGUCUUAUAGAUAAAGAUGAGAUCAUAGACGUAAACUUCAUUAAAAAACACGACGCUGCGUGUAUGCAGAAAAAGCCAACCAGACGUCCUACAUUUCCCAACAAGUCUGAAAACUUAGUCAGCUUUUACAUCAAAACCAAAGGUAAAGGGAAGAUGAAAGGUUUAAUGAUGAACGGAGAACUGUAUAAGAACGAUGUGGAUUAUGUUUGUGUGUACGCGUUCAACAAAGACACUUUGAUAACAGCCCUAAAGCGCGACGGACGAUUCCGCAGUGUCAUCUUUGAGAAACAUUGUGUGCUUUCGGAGUUUGGUAGCGAUACUGUUCACGACAUGGCGUACCCUGUGAAACACCUCAAUCGCAAACAUUUCCUCAUGGUCAUAAGCAACAGCAAAAACCAGUCUGAUAGUCAAGAUGACGCCAAAGAAAACGCUGAUCCCAACCAACACACCGAAGACGACAAAAAAACCAACAAUGUGGCAAAAUGCACCACUCGUGACCGGCUGGCCCUUAAAAAAAUUCCAGACUCCAAAGAGCUUGAGAACGUUCUGCGCAAUGACAUGAGAUGCUAUCUAGAGCAGAGAAGUGUUGGAGACACCAACAUCAAGGUGCAAAACUUCUUUAGGGCCGAAUAUGAUAAAGGUGUUGAGAGUUUCUCCGAAGUGAAGAAGGUGAAGGAGAUCAUGAGACUGUCCAGCUCGGUGUGUCAGAUCAGAACGGAGGGGUGCGUUCGGGGAACCGGAUUCUUACUUUUCGACAGGUUUAUUCUCACCAAUGCACAUGUCAUCGAAGACUUUGACCGCGUCACCAGAAAGCUUUUCAAGACCUUCACGGCAGUGUUCGGAUUUGAAGAUCUGGGACAAGCGGGGAUCAAGAGUAUAGCUGUGAAAGAACACGCCGUGGCUUGCUAUCGUGGAGAUGAUGAGAUGAUGCGUCAUCUGGAUUUCGCUCUUUUAGAAUUAGACGUCACGGAUCAUGAAGCUCUCGACUGUCCCGAAUUGCUCACUCAUUACAGCUACGGCCGUCCUCCUAACAGAGGCGGCGUCUGUAUCGUGGGUCAUCCCGACGGCGGGGUGAAGAGAAUGGACCUGUGCUUCAUCAUCAGCAGAGAAGAUCAGCCGGACGCGGUGAACAAACACGUCUCUCAGAACAUCAAUUACUAUCACGUAAUUACACAGGAAAGUCUGGCGCAGAAAUGGAAGACGCACGACAACCAGAUCAUGUACGACACUUGUUUCUUCCAUGGGUCUUCGGGUUCGCCGGUCUUUGAUGAGUCCUGCCAUCUGAUUGGUGUUCACACGGGCGGAUACGUUUACAGAGGAGCGAAAGGUAAAACCAGGAGCGUUAUGGAAUACGGCUUUUCCAUUCAGCCCAUACUGGAAAACAUCAUCAAACAGGCCAAGAAUUAUGGAAGAUUUGACAUCUUAAAGUUACUGUCUGAAUUUCAAUCCUUAGAUUUCAAUCUGAAUAUGGAGGAUAAUGAUGUGGAGAUGACAGAAGAACCACAACAUCAAGACGAAUAUGAACAAUGAAACCCAUUUCUGCCUCCAAAAAUUAAGAUAUGUCACAAAAGCAUUUACUUCAAAUCAAUGUUUUGUAUGUUUAUUAUUCAUCGCUCUUAAUGUUGGAGUUCUGGUUAUUUGCAUUUUGCCAUUUAAGAAAUACAUCUGUACCCAUGUAUCCAAAAUUGUGAUUAAAACUAAAUCAUGCUUGAUGUUUUUGUGGUGUUUUUUGUGUCGGCGAUUGUGGUGUUGUUUUGCUUUUGUUGGGUUUGUCCAGAGCUCGGUGGCCUGUAUCACGAAGCGAGGUGAACAAACACUGAGUUGCAGAGUAAAAUGGAUAUAUAGUUUGCCAGGGUUCCUUUAUGUUUUCAGUGAUAAAUGGUUUGACAAGGUUUAUAGUUUUCGUGGAAAGUCAGUGUUUUGUUUUGUAAUAACACUUUAGGUGCACCGGUGGUACAGGUGACAUUUCUACUAACACUUUUACUACGUUUGUCCUAUUGCAAAUAUAUCUUUGGAAAGCUCUAAGUCUCUAGUUUUCAAAUCCGUUGUCCGAUUUGUGAUACGAUAAACAUAGCAAAAGUAUUACUGUGUUGAAAUGUCAACUGCACCACCGGUGGGCCAAACAUGAUAUUACAAAGAAAAAACUGUAAUAUUCUCUUCUAAAACUAAAUAAAUAUUGACAAACUAUAUAUCACAGGAAAGCACACAGACUGUAGUUUUACAAUGUAAUGUAAAAGUGUGUAAAUAGUUUUGUAAAAAGAUGUGGAAAUACUUGUUUGAUGAGUUUGUUGUUUUAACUUUAUUAGUUAUUAUAGUUGGUUUUAUUAUAAUUAGUUAAUUAUUUUACUAUUAUAUGUUCAUGUAAAAACUAUG